AUGACACAAAUAAAAAUGAGUAACUUUGAGACAGAAAAAACAUCUAAAUCGAAUGAAAAUCAAAGUCUAGAGAAUGAAGCGAACAAGGAAAUUUCACCAUGUUCUUUAAGAAUUGUGAUUCCAAAGUCAAUGAUCCUUUUUAUUUCAGUAAUUACGAUAAUUUCAAUUGUAACCUUGUUAUUUCACGCAAUCCCAAAUAUGCUUGGAAGCCGUAAAUUAUUAUAUGAUUUUAGAGGAAACUCUAUGAGGUUUGACCAUAGAAUUUUGUCAAUUUUAAAGCCAUCAACAGGCGCUGAAUCAAACAGCCUUCGAAAAAAGAACGUUUCAACUUAUAGUUCAGUGAAAUUGGAAUCGCUAAGAAGUGGAGGUUCAGAGUGUAAUCAAUCGCUUGAAUUGACUAGAAAGCUUUCAGAAGCAAAUCUGGAUAAUUUGAAUUCCAACUUACUUACUCAAGAAGGUAAUAUUUCACCUCUUUCAGGUAGUCUCACUCUAAAAAGCUCGAACUUCAGUUUAGACUCUGUUACUCCCACUUCGGGAGUAAGUGAGACAAAUUCCCAGUUGAACUCAACUUAUACAUGCCACAAAUUUGUUUCUGUUAUGAAAAAUAAAUCUUUCAAUAUUACCAAUGAACCAACUCAAAAUUCUGAAUGUAAAACCCACUUUAUUCUUGCAGAGCCACUUCCAGAAAAAUUUAAAAAUUUGGAUUUGGCAGCUGUAAAUGCUUUUAAUCAUUUAAGUGAGGCAUUUCAGUCGGUUAAAAUGAUCGCUGAAAUUCUCAAAAACAAGCCUAAAAAUGAAGGAAUACUAAUUGUUAUGGCUUCGAAUAUGCAUUACGAAUCUAAUUGGAAGUCAGCCCUAGAGAAAAUGUAUGAAGACUGGGAAUAUAACACGUAUGUCUCUCAAAUUAUUCUCACUUCCUGGACAAUAUCAAAAUCAUUUUACGCAGGGCAUCAUUAUACUCCUGCAUUGGAUUUUGGUUUUAUGGUUUUAAAUAUCCCACCAGAGAGCAAAAAUGAAGAGUCCAAAACAAAGUUAAGGCGAUCUCUUGGUGUUGUGAAACAAUUUAUUUCUAAUCUAAGUACGAUAAUUAAUGGAACUAUGUCAGAAAUACUCGCAGGUCCAAACUUUAGUAUUUUGUCAGAGAAUAGAUUGACCAAAGAUUUGUUCACUAAUUGGGACUAUUCUGAGGACUCAUUUAGUUACUUAAGUAAUUAUUUCAAUAAGAAUCAAUCAAUGUUGCUGGAAAAUUAUUUGACAUCGGCUGCAUUGGAUGUCUCAAGGUUAAUUGAGAAAUUACCAUUAACUAUUGUUGAUUCAGUCAUUUUGGCAAAGGAUAACCUGGAUAAUAGAUAUAAGAAAGAUCCAAAAGAACUACGCUUUACUGAUCCUAAUACAACUCAAGUUGUGAUUAUUCCUCCGGUGGAGCGAAAGAAAGUUGCAAAAUAUAAAUACGAGGAAAAGUUUAGAAGGAUAUGUGUCUACCAAGCCCAUACUGAGCAAAGGUCUAUUCUUAGAUCAACACCAUCCAGGGCAUCUAUGGCUGAGUAUGCAAGGUAUCACGGAUAUUCUUACUUCUUGUUUGAUGGCUCAUUUUAUGACUCUAUUCCAAGAUCAUUAUUUACGGACUGGUCUAAGCAGGGUUAUUAUAUGAAACUUUUUUCAGGUCUCAAAUUACUUUUUUGGGAUUUGGAUAAAAUUGGAAAUAUCCUCGGAAAAUUAAUUAAUAAUCCAAGAAACAAUUUAAUUUCCGAAGGGUUCUACUCCAAUUUUUUGGAAAGUGUUGUGCCCAAUCAUUUUAAUGUUGAUUGGGAUAAGGAUCAUGAUGGUAGAAUCGGAAGUACAGGUAGGAUUAACCCACGUGGAUCAUCUGGGAAGGAAGGAAUUCAAAUUGUUCCUUCAAAUGUUAAAGUAGAUAUUUGUGACUACAUUGUGUGGUUUGAUCUAGAUAUCGCAAUUACAAAUAAGUUCUUUUCAAUCGAAAGGAUGUUGGAUUCAAAUACUCCAGAUUUCCACAAUAAGCCACCUGAAAUGUUUAGGAAUAUAUACAAGGAUGUUGGUGAACUCUCCCUAUUUGUCGCAAGAGAUUCUGAUUGGAGGAGCAGAAAUUCUCUGGUUAAUAGUGGUUUCUUGGUCGUUUCUAGGUCAAGAUACUCAUUGCAGUCUUUAUUCCAUACAAUUGCAUUAAAUCCAGUUGGUUCUCAAGAAAUCGUACAUAAUGGUAGAUUUUGGCCUGAGCAAUCCACUUUAACUCAUUCGAUUGUAAAUAUAUUUAACUAUUCUUAUAGUUCUCCCAAUCAGACUUAUCAUUUCCAAAGUACUCCAAUUGAAACUCUUACUGAGAUUAAGAAAACAUUGGUUGGUACUGUUCCAAUUCUAUUUACUGCAUACUCCAAUGAAACAAAUAGAUAUGUACAUUCAAUUACUACUAGUCAAAGGGUUGUUAAUAGUUUUCUUCACAUAAGCCCAAGCGUUUAUGGAGAAGGCCCAUGGUACCCUGGAGAAUUAUUCAUUCAUGCUGCUGGGCAAAAGAGCCCAUUUAGAGAUAAUGUAUUAUCUGGAAUGUUAUACACAAUUAAUACAAUUGGUUUUACUCCUGGUGAAAUAGAAUAUUUUAAGAAUAACUGCUACGUUUCUUUGGACUUUGUUUAUCAAGGCUUAGACAGACUCAUUGAACAACUAACUCAUGAGUUUAUUGAAUUCGAGGAUGCAAAGUCUAAUAAUUUAGAUAGUCAACUAAAUUAUAUUAACAAUGUUGAUUUGACAUUUCACUACAUACAGAAAUUAAUGGCAGUUAAAACUAGAGUUAAUACUCAAAAUAUUUCUUUUUACUUAAACCAAACACAUUAUGAGAAAAUUCAUUUUUUAAGAUGUAAAUAUUCAUUACCUAUGGCUACAAAAUGGUCUGUUGCAGAAGCAUCUGCAUUGGGUGGCGUUUCUGUUUUGGGUAUUACUGCUAUUGUUGUAAUUCUUAAAUUUGCAAAGAUUUAUUCUAGCAAAGGAAUAACAUUGAAAUGA